UUGGCAGCAUCAGCACCGGUACCGCCGCCGCUGCCGCCAGCACCACCACCACCACCACUAUCAGCAAUAUCAUCAUCAGCAACAACAUCAUCAUCAUCUCGGCAGCCCAACAAUAGCGGCAGGAGCAAUAGCGGCGUCUCCAUGAUUACCAUUAUCAUCUUUCCAGCGCACAAGCGCGCAGUCAGUCCGAUGGGACGCCGCCUCCGUUGCUGACGAUGCUGCUGCUGCUACUGCUGAUGAGGAGGAAGAAGACGACGACGGUGAUGUAGAAGAAGAAGAAGAUGAUUCUGUUAAUGAAGCCACCUUUGAUGGUGGCCGGGCGACGCCGCCGAUGAAGCUGUUCGCGGUGCGCGGUGCAAGGGAACGAGCAGACGGCAACUGGCGGCGGAGGAAGCCAAUUAAGAUCAUCUCCAUCCCAGCCUCGCCGAAGCGCUCCAGGCACCCACCCACCCACACCAGCACCACCACCACCAGCAGCAGCAGCAACAUCGUCAGGAGCAGCGCCGCGCCAGGCUGCCUUCGGGAAACGCCAAGUAUCUGCCAGCGAAGCGACAACACGAGAUCGGCAGGAGAAAGGGUCGGAUCCGGAGGCACGGAGCAGGCGUGUGGGGCGCGUGCGGGCGUGCACGUUGACGGCGACGGCCCCCGGCUCCCCAUCUCGCCUGCAUCAUGACGGUGGUGGGCGUCAAGGCCGGCUCGGAUGACGCGGCCGUGGCAGUGCAGGGGGGCUACCCGCAGGAGCGGUACGAGCUGGCGCGGCCCGGCGGCCACGACUUCUGCGAGCGCGUGGUCAUCAACGUGUCCGGCCUGCGCUUCGAGACGCAGCUGCGCACGCUGGCCCAGUUCCCCGACACGCUGCUGGGAGACCCCCAGAAGCGGAUGCGCUACUUCGACCCGCUGCGCAACGAGUACUUCUUCGACCGCAACCGGCCGAGCUUCGACGCCAUCCUCUACUACUACCAGUCGGGCGGCAGGCUGCGCAGGCCCGUGAGCGUGCCCUACGACAUCUUUACGGAAGAGGUGCGCUUCUACGACCUGGGCGAGGAGACGAUGCUGCGCUACCGUGAGGACGAGGGCUACGUAAAGGAGCCCGAGAAGCCGCUGCCAGAAAAUGAGUUCCAGCGCCAGGUGUGGCUCCUCUUCGAGUACCCGGAGAGCUCCAGUCCAGCGCGCGCCAUCGCCAUCGUGUCCGUGCUCGUCAUCCUCAUCUCCAUCAUCAUCUUCUGUCUGGAGACGCUGCCCGAGUUCCGCGAUGACGCAGACCUCUACAAGGUGUCGUACUACACGAACGGAACGCACUACUUCUACCACAACGUCUUUGCCGACCCCUUCUUCAUCAUGGAGACCAUCUGCAUCAUUUGGUUUUCCUUUGAGCUCAUGGUCCGCUUCUGCGCGUGCCCCAGCAAGGUUGAGUUCGGCAAGAACCUAAUGAACAUCAUCGACAUUGUGGCCAUCGUGCCCUACUUCAUCACGCUCGGCACGGAGAUGGCCGAGCAGACUGGCAGCACCAACGGGCAGCAGACGAUGUCGCUCGCCAUCCUCAGGGUCAUCCGGCUGGUGCGCGUCUUCAGGAUCUUCAAGCUGUCGCGCCACUCCAAGGGGCUGCAGAUCCUGGGCCAUACGCUGCACGCGUCAAUGCGCGAGCUGGGCCUCCUCAUCUUCUUCCUCUUCAUCGGCGUCAUCCUCUUCUCGAGCGCCGUCUUCUUCGCCGAGGUGGACAGCAAGAAGACGGAAUUUCAAAGCAUCCCCGACGCGUUCUGGUGGUCACUUGUGACGAUGACCACGGUGGGCUACGGCGACAUGUCGCCCAAGACGGUGGGAGGCAAGAUCGUCGGCUCACUCUGCGCCAUCGCCGGCGUGCUCACGGUCUCGCUGCCCGUGCCGGUCAUCGUGUCCAACUUCAACUACUUCUACCAGCGCGAGACGGAGGGCGAGGACCAGACGGUCUACUCGCACGUGCACAGCACGCCCUUCCACGAACUGACGCACGCCGACAACGCCGCCGAGGUCAACUCGGAGCUGUGCCGCCGCAGCAUCUGCAGCUUCUCGUCGUUCGAGAAGAUCGACUGCAAGGAGGCGGGCGAGCACGCGGACGAGGACUCGUGCGUCGAGGACGAGCUCAAGCUCAGCAACUGCAACGUGGCGACGGCGCAGCAGCACAAGCACGUCGGCGGCAGUCGGAUCGAGACGGACGUGUGAGACCUUUCUCCAUCUUGUCAGUGGUUUUUGUCAUUUUUUUCGUCUUUAAAGAAGAAGAUUAAGAAGAAAAAAACAACAAACAGCUGCUUCGAAUCGGAUUUGUACUGGCGUCAGAGAAAACAAUGAGAAACAUUUGCUGCUGCUGCCAGCAGUGGAACUACUAACUAUUAAUCUUCCACCUCUAACCCUAAUCUUCCUGGCACUUAAAAGCAGUGACCAACAUCGCGUCUGCCGGUAAGAGCACCGACCCUACGUCAAGCCACUGAAUAACUUGCUGGCACCAAGGUAACCUACGCGUUUGAAGGCCUGUAGGCUAACUUUGACCUGAUGUUACCGGUAAGGCUAGUGUAGCUGCCGCUCUCAGUAGAUUUUCUAUUUCAUCGAGGCGUUUGUUAUUUUCUUUCCUGUAUUGGACAUCUUAUUGCCACACCUUCGCUUGUUAUUGGUGGACUCAUCGUGAUGCACUUUGUAUACGGAACACUUAACGCUGCUGAGAGCCUCAGAAGAAGUAACACUGGCCUCGGACUAUAAUAAGUCUGGCUGUACAACUGCAUAGUUUUCUUUGCCGUUGUGCUGUAUAGGCACAGCUCUCCAAUGCGUUUUCAGGGUUGUUCAGUUCCUGAUGGAAGCUCCCGGAGCGUGGAGCAACAGCGUCGGUCACCACGCCUAAGAACACGCGGUACGAUCUGAAAACGCAUCAGGGAGCCGUUAAUGUGACCAAGUUUGGUCGGCUGACUUCCCUUCUCGAAGGGGAAGCAAACAAACCAGAUCAAACUAUCCUAAGGAUGAAAAUUAUUCCCGAAGCGAAACUCAAGCCGACAACGUCUCGCGCGCGUGAAGUUUGCGCCGGACCUGCGCCGGGCAGUUUAGGGUGCGAAUGCACGUUGGGUGAGCAGCUUUCGUCACAAAGGCACCCGCUCGCACUCGCUAACCUUACGGCUUUUUAUUUGAAUGAAAGUUGUUGGAAAAUAAUGCAAACGACAACUCGGAGUGCAUGCGUGCGCGUACACAAACGCACACAUGUGAGAUGCACGUGUGAAGAGUGAGGAAUACAAGGGCCACUUUUGGUUUCCCGUUGCGUGCAAAUAUAUUUCACGAGGGAAAUUGGGAUAAGACAAACAUUGCUAAGAGCAGCACUUCCGCUUAAAACGUUUCUGGAGACUGGCAGCCCGAGUAAGAGUUCGUAUAAUUUUAAACCGCUAAACAUAAGUCGAUAACAUAGGCUAUUACAUUUGAGAAAAUGACAUGUUCCCGUUCUACGCUUAAGAAUAAUGUCCACCACUGUUAGGGACCCUGCAUCAAGUGCUAUGCACUCACCGGUUGGUGCUCAAAUGACUCAAUCCAGAGGAGGGAUGAUGAUGAUGAGUCAACCCUGGCCAGAAUCACAACUGACGAUCUUGUUAUUGGAGUCCCUGCGCUGCUCUACCCACUGACAUUGUCAAGAUCCACACUCUUGUUUAUACAUGUUUAAAUAUGUAUCGCCACACAUCUACAGAAGUAAUUUUCUUAAAUUAGGAACAGCAUGGCAUGCAUUAUGUGAUUUCCAAACUUUGCACUUUAACGAUUAAAUGGAAAUGGCUCCCAUGUUUAAGCGAGUCCUGGAGAUGUUCAUCGCCUCUCAUCGUUGUUUCAUGUAUCUGGAGUGGAACAUUCCACAUUCCUAUGGCGGUGCCCUGCA